GACAUCUUCCAGGACACCCUAUUAACUUAUCAUAACUCGCAAAUAUGCAAUAGCGACGCUGCGGAAGUUAACGACUUUUACAAGGCCACCUUCGUUGCGCCUGCAACCUUGUGCUGAUACUUAGGAAGGGAGGGCCUUGUAGAUGGCCCUCUUUCGGUUUUGUUGUCCGUGCUUGGACUCGGAGGAGGGAGUUAUCUCGCCCAGCGCUGUGCUAGAGCCGCUGGUGACAGGGACAACAGGCUCAAGGACGUUGACAAAAGGGGAAAACUCGAUCGACGUUGGCCCCGCGGACUCAGCAGAGCAGAAUGUUUACGUUGUGAGGCAUGGCCACCGGCAAGACGAGGAGGACGACUGCUGGCACGUCCAUGCUAGCAGGCCCUGGGACCCACCGCUCUCAACGAAAGGGAGACAGCAGGCUCGGGAGGCGGGGCAGCUGUUCAAAGAAAAGAACAUCGACUACGUCCUCACCUCGCCCUUCCUGCGCUGCCUUCAAACUAGCGCGGAGAUUGUUGACGAGCUGGGGCUAGCGCAGGGGCGCUGGCUGGUGGUGUGGCCCAUGUGCGAGCUGUGUGACCCGCGGCUGCUGCUGGCGGGCCGCGACGACGUGAAGCCUGUGCUGGGCAAGCGGCCCAUCCGGGAGUGGAUGUGGGACGGCCAGUCCAUGGACCAGGCGGUGGAGGGCAUGCUGGCGCCGGAGCUGGCGCACAGCGGCGUGCGCAUCCGGCCGGAGAUGUGGAGCGACAACCCGCCCACCUACCCGGAGAAGCUGGACGGAGCUCUGAAGCGGUAUGAGAAGCAGAUCAAGGGCAUCUGCAAGGACUUUGCGGGGCGCAACGUGCUGGUGGUCACACACGGCGAGGCGCUGCGUGCCGCCGUGAACAUGCACGACACGCGCGCCUCCGUUUACGAGGUGCGGCACACCGGCUACGUGCCGCUGCACCGAGAGCGCAAGCCGGCGCCGGCGGGCGGCAGCAGCAGCGGCAAGCCCGGCGCCUGGGGGCCCUGGAACAUGGUGUGCACGUCUGGGCAGACCGGCGUCAUGUGGUCCUACGCAUGAGGCGGCGGGCAGGGGCGUGGGUCUGGGGCUGGGGGAGGGGAGGGUGGAGGUUCUUACAGGGAACGGUGCUCCCAUAAAGGAACGUGAGAGGGACGAGCGGCUGCACGGCCACACGUGCGGCGGCGUGCCUGCGCGCGCCCUGCGUGCUGGGGCAGGGGCACGUUCGUGCGGCGGCGGCUUCAGUGCGCCCUUCGUGCUGCUGGCGCUGGCGCUGGUGCUGGCGGCGUACCUGCAGCCAGUGAUGGCGGGAGGGCGGUGGCAUGCGCCGCAGCGCCGGCGCUUGUUAAAGCGGUUGGGCCGCCGCAGUGCCAAAUGCAAGGACAGCAGGAGCAGCAGCGGUCUGUGCUGGCCGGCCGGCCGGCGUGCUGCGCUGCAAACGAAGCGACGAGCGAGUUGCGAGCGGCGUGACCCAUGAGAGUCGGCUGAGCGAGCGCUGGUGUGCCGGUGCUCGCAUCUUCUCUGGUGUCAACUUCCUAUUGACGCAGCGCUCUGGUGCCAUUCGAGCUAAUUGGCAGGCUGGUGGGAUGCUGUCUACGAAAGCAACUUCGGAAAGCGGGUUUUGUUGCCACCGGGUGGGCGUGGGCUUGGCGCUGCAUUGUGUGCCGUGUUGGCGCCCGCUCGUGCGGUGGCUCACGGCGGUCUGGGGUGAGCGAGGGUAUGAGCUUCAACAAGUCAUGCGCGACCGUGUUCAUGCGCGGCGGAUGCACAGCACUGAGUGCAUGUACAUUUCGUUUAUGUGAGAUCAGGCCGUUAGCGAAAGGCGGCAGCUUUGGUGAAGCGGGAAAUGAUAACUUUGCUGGAGGUGGGUGUCUGGGUGAGUGGGCGAGUGGGCCAGUGGGGAAGAAGCAUGUGUAUGUGUAUGUAAGUGGAGCAGAAGAAGCAGGGGGCGUGUGAUCGCAGGAACAGGCGGUGUCCGGUACCGGCGUGUUAACGUUUUGCGGAUAUCUUAUGCGCCGCGAUGUGGCGGCUCUCUUGCUGCCGCUACUUGGUAGUCCCUGAGCAGCGGAGCGAGGUAGUGACGGCGGAGCGUUGCAUUGCCGUGCGCGCUCGCAACCCGCACGGUCCGGAUGAUCUCCAGCCCUGGGCAUUAGCUUGAUACAGAGCAUCAUCCUCAAGUGCAUUCAGUUGGCAUAGCAAUGAGCAUGUUGGGCUUGGCAGUGCAAUCGCUUUUGUUUGGUUUAGUCUGUGGUCUGGUUGCGGGUUUGUUUGCGAAGGCCGUGGGCCACUCCACAUGGAUUCCGCGUGCGUGGCCGUAGCACGUGUCGUUUGUAGGCGCGGGGGAUGAAAACCCCCUUAUCCUGGUCGUGUGGCAGCGGCACAUGAGAGCUGCAUGUGUGAUGUGUCACAUGGACACAGCGCGUAUUUAUUCAGCAAACAAUGCACGCCGCACGCCGCAGGUUUCUUGCGGUCGGCUGUGACUGAUCAAGAGACCGCCUGCUGGCAUGGACCUAUGAACUGGAAUUACGGUAGCCCUGAUUAUGUGAGGGCGGUGACACGGGCAUGGGGCCAAGAGCUGACAGUCGAGUGCCGUACUACUGUUGGGCGGGUGCAGUGGCCACAUGGCCAGCCUGGCACAGCUUCACGUUGGUGCAAACACUGUAAGUCGAUACGUAA